AUGAUUGAGCCCCUUACCAAUAAUCGCUUCCGAGUGCUGGAAAUGAUUGGCUCCGAGCUUAGCCUCAUCGUCAAUGGUACAACCCACGUCCCAUACAAGAUCCCUGCUUUAGAGCGACAUGCGACAUUUGGCAACUUCACAAACGACUUACUCUUGUCGAACUACUCUACAGUCUCCUUCGGCGGCGAUUCUGAACUCAGCUUUCUUCUGCCUCACCGGCUGCAAACAGUCUUUAACUCAGUAAAUGUUCUGGAAGAUGUCAAAUUCGACAGCAUCACGCUCAACCCGACAUUUGACCGAGGCUUCUUUGAUCCCCUGCCAGUUCACGAAUCCUUUAAGGCUAGCCUCUGGGGCAGACCUUUUGAAUUCUUCUACAACACAUCUAACAUAACCGUCAACUAUCCGAUCCCUAGCAUCCCUCAGAUCAUGUCCGUUUACGUCGGCUACGCAGACUACGUACAGCUCGUUGUCAAUUUUACAGAUGGUAUUCUCGUCACUGACGCAGCUCCUCACCGUUCACGGAUACUGUUACAAGACCAUGCUGGCGGUGUACCAGACUACGUCGCCGCUGGAGCUAUGCUUAUUAUUCCCGAGAUAGCCAAAGUCUUCUAUUCCGAGGUCAAUGGGGGCAACGUCAAUUUCGCAACAUAUAAUGAAACCGACCCUUUCAUUCUCAAAGAUGACAUUGUCCAGUUUCGCCCUGCGUGGAGGGAAGAGAACCCUCACGCUAGAGAUUGGCCCUAUGGCAUCACGACGUCAGCUUGUCCAUCAGAUAGCGAGGGAUUGCAGCAUUCAUCGCUGACGUGUGGAGUCCGGCCCCAAAUACGACUGAGGGAGACGCGGUACGCUUUGACUCUGGAUACGCAAGGCAGUGGUUGA